AUAAUAAAUUAAGUAGAGACAAACUACUUUUCUUAUGUCUUCUUUUAGGAUACUACACUUUAAGGAGGCAAGGUCAUUUCCAUGAACUAAAAAAUUCAUUCCCAUCUGGAGUGUUACUUAAUGCACUUGAAGACUAUAAAGAUGAAACUUUACCUUCAAACACCAAAGACCAAAUGUAUAGUGGCAUUAUGAUCUUAAUCCAGCACAAUGCUGCUCUGAUGCAGUUUGAUUGGCUCAUUAUUUUUACAAUUGCGUCUGAAGUUGAUCCUAAUUUUUCUUUCAUUGAUCGGUUGAAAUUUUUAAAGUAUACUGAUGAGGAUUUAUCGAAAUUUAUUCAAGGAUUAAAAAUGGUCAAACCUUACAUGGAUGGCAUUGAACCCGAAAUUUACAUUAAACUUGCCAAGUGGUUAAUUCGAUUAUGUAAUGAUAUGGAUUACCUUUUUCCGCUUUGGAAUGAAAUUCUUUUCCAUAACAACAAAAUUGAUAAAAUUAUUUUUAAGAGUUUUAAUGACCGACUUCGAGAAUUUAUCUCUCAUGAUGAUGCUGUUGACUUAGAACAUCAUUUUAAGAGAGUUCCAGCUGAUUAUCGAUUUGAUGUGUCUGAAGUUUUCCGAUCUCAUGCUUUGUUUUUACUUGAAGGUUUGGACAGAAAUUGGACAAAGGAAAAUAUCACUGCUAUUACAACACUUCUUCAUGAUGAUAGACUAUAUUGGACUAGAGAGGAUGUUAUUUUAUCAUUAGAUUUGGUAUCUCAGUCUAGCACUUUAGAAUUAUUAAACAUAUUUCCAGAAAUUUUAGAUGAGUGGUUCCGUAAUGAUUUUUCUGAUAAAGAGAAGAAAAUACCAAAAAUCUGUAUAACUUGGUUUAAUAAUCUUUUACCCAAACUUG